UCCGUAUCGCCCUAAUAAAAAGCGCGUUAUUGCAGCAAAGAGAAUCAGAAUCGGCUCGUUCAGCAGCUUAAGAAAAUCAUCUCCGUCGUUGAAGCGCUUCGAAAACAUCGGUGGUGAAUUGCGAAGUUCAAGAAUAGGCAUGGGAAUGAUGAAAGUCAAUGAGUUUGCAGCCGUUUUCGUGGCAGCCAUCGCAUUGCUGGGCCAAGUCCAUGGCCACGUUUAUCAGACGAACGACGCCAUCGUUUUCGAAAUCGACCGGGCAUCGGAUGGCUCUUUUCUUGCAAAGAGUUUCCCGUUUAGCCAAUCGGAUUUUAUGCCAAUAAAAAAUUUCUUGAAUAGUGGCCUAGUUCCUAAUUCACACAUCCCGUUCGUCGAGCCGAUCGCAGAAGUGAAUUCGUACAGCAUCGGCCUGCAUCCGCAGCAGCAAGGCCCGAAUUUUUACAACUGGUUGCACCAUCCUUUCGUGUAUGGCGGAGCCUAUGCUAUUCCGGCAAUCGGUUCCAUCAGGGCUGACCAGACACUCAAACAAGAAACCAAACAGAGCAGUAUUACUUGUGGCGCUGGACCUGAUCAAAAUCGGAUUGUCAGUGGCACGGAAGCUACUCAGAAUUCUUGGCCUUUCAUGGUUGGCUUCAUGGAGCCUGGCAGUGGGUCCGUCAAUUGCGGUGGAUCUUUGAUUUCUGAAACUCAAAUUCUGACAGCGGCCCAUUGUUUUGAAAGAAAGUCCAUGUUUGGUUUGUCGCUAAUGGUUGUGAAACUUGGAAUGCAUGACCGUGGAGACGGUGGUCAGAAAGGGGAUGACGCGAUAAUGACGAGAAGAAUCAGUCGCAUUGCACUUCAUAAAGCAUAUAAUAACAGAAAUUUUUACUUCGAUAUCGCCAUUAUAACAAUGGACUCGCCCAUCACUUACUCAAAAGCCAUUUCACCCGUCUGCUUGGCACCUGCAAGUGGAGAACUCGACGUCUACGCCGGACAAACUGCCUCUGUUAUGGGAUGGGGAAGGAUACAAUCCGGUGGUGCGAGUUCGCAAAAGUUAUUGCAAGCUAACGUUCCGAUCUUAACGAACGACGAUUGCAAGAACAUCUACACAAAUCCUGGACAAAUUGUUAACCAUAUGCUGUGUGCCGAUAGCAGUACAUCUGAUUCGUGCCAAGGUGAUAGCGGUGGUCCGCUCGUCGUGCAAUCUGAAGCGGACGGUUUAUGGUACCAAGCGGGCAUCGUCAGUUGGGGACGUGGAUGCGCGAAUCCGCUAUUCCCUGCAGGUGUUUACACGAGGGUGAAUUGGCUAAGGGGAUGGAUUAACGGAAACAUGAAGAAUUGAUUGGCGUGAUUAUUUACACACCGUCACACGUUCCAAAGGCUAUAUAUGUGACACGACACACGGCGAAAUGGCAAACCUGUUUGGAAAAGUGCAUAACUCUGAGAUUCGAAAAAUAUCGCUAAGUUUUGUGCCUAUAUCCUACAUGAUUUUCUCGGUUUCUAUUUAAAAAUUCAAUUGCUUAUUUUAUUAGAAGCAAAAAGUAGCAAGUUUUUUUUGUUGUUCUGCAACUAUCUUCUGUCUCGGCUUAUAGCUUUUUAAAUUUUCCAAAAAACAAAUUUUAAUCUGAAUAAAAAAAUUGCAAAUCAAAA